AUGCCUACUACUCCAACCUCUGGCAACCACCCUCCAACAGCAGACCCAGAGAAGCGUAAGCUCAUACAGCAACAGCUUGUUCUUCUCUUACAUGCACACAAGUGCCAACGUCGUGAGCAGAAUGGUGAAAUAAGAGCAUGUGGUCUCCCACACUGCCGAACCAUGAAGAAUGUGUUGAACCAUAUGACAACAUGCACGGCUGGCAAGGAUUGUCAAGUACCCCAUUGUGCAUCAUCAAGACACAUUAUUUCACAUUGGAGAAAUUGUGUGAGGCCAGAUUGCCCUGUAUGUAUGCCACUUAGACGUGCAAAUAAUGAGGCUCGGCUAAACAGUACACUCCGGGCAGGAAGAGAUAUGGCACUGAAUGAAGAAUAAAAAGGUCAGCUGAAAUGAAAACGGGAACGACAACUACCAACAAAUCACCAAAGUACUAUCACCUUUUAACUUAUUAUACAACUAGUUUUAGGACCCUCUAUCGAAAUGCUCUAC